CCGUGGGACACCCCACGUGUGUUUUCCCCUCCCCCUCCCCCCGAGCUCCGCCCCGUCCCCGGUGCCGCCUCCCGUUCGCAUUGGCCGGUUGGUGGGAGGGCGAUGGCGGCCAUCCGUAGCGUGAAGGGACUGGUGGCACUGGUGACCGGCGGUGCCUCGGGACUGGGGCGAGCUACGGUGGAACGGCUGGUGGAACAGGGGGCUCGGGUGGUUCUCCUCGACCUGCCCACCUCACCGGGGGGGCAGCUGGCCAAGGAGCUGGGGGAGCGCUGCGCCUUCGCCCCCGCCGAUGUGACUUCAGCUGAGGACGUGGGGGCCGCCUUGACCUUGGCCCAGAAGGAGUUUGGCCGCCUGGACCUGACGGUGAACUGUGCCGGCGUGGGUAUCGCCGUCAAGACCUACAACAGUAAGAAGGACAAGGUGCACGAGCUGGAGGACUUCCAGAGGGUCAUCAACGUGAACCUGGUGGGGACCUUCAACGUCACCCGGCUCAGCGCCCGCCUGAUGAGCCAGAACAAACCCGAUGCCGAUGGCCACCGCGGGCUGGUGGUCAACACCGCCAGCGUGGCUGCCUUCGAGGGGCAGGUGGGACAGGCGGCCUACUCAGCUUCCAAGGGCGGCAUCGUGGGCAUGACCCUCCCCAUUGCCCGCGACCUGGCGCCGCUCGGCAUCCGCGUGGUCACCAUUGCUCCCGGGUUAUUCUCCACCCCGCUGUUGGCCGGUUUACCUGAAAAGGUUCGGAAUUUUUUGGGACAACAAGUGCCUUUUCCCUCCCGGUUGGGACAUCCCGCCGAGUAUGCCCACCUCGUCCAAGCCUUGGCUGAGAACCCCAUGGUCAACGGGGAGGUGGUGAGGUUGGACGGGGCCCUCCGCAUGCAGCCUUAAUUGGGGGGGGCCCUGCACCCCCGUACCCCAAAAUAAUGUCGGGGUGAUAGAGCGAGGCGGGGGUAUCCGCAGGGCUGCUCACCAGGGAUGGACACUCCCUGGGGGAUGCUCUGAUGGGAAAGGUGUGGGGAUGUGUGGGACACACACCCCCUCCAUGAGUGGAGAGACCCCUUCCAUGAGUGGGGAGACCCCCUUCCAGGAGGGGGGAUCCCCACGAGUGGGGAUUACUCUGGGAUAUUGGGAUACCCCCCACCCCCCCACCCCACCCUUGGAAUGUGGACCAGGGGCACCGCUGGGAGCUGGGACAACCCCUACCCAGGUGUGGGGAUCCUGCCUGGGCCACUCCCCCACUCCCCAGCGUGGGGACUCCCGUCCCGUUCACCCGUGGGGGGGUGUCCCUGCUCCGCUCCCCGUGGUGCGCCCCCCUCCCCCCCGCAAUAAAGCGUGUUCAGCCA